CGCACAUUUGUGCCACUCGUUUUCAAGCCUGUUUUUUGCGACUUUGCACCACCGAUAGCGCAAGUAUGCUGCGUCGCAUCGUUCGCCGCACGCCGCCGCUUCGUGCCUUCUCUAGCCAGGCGCCGCCUGCGCAAGGCUUCAAGGUCACGGGAUCCUUCGUCGCCAACGAGGCCAAGGAGGUCGCCAAGCUGCUCUUCGGCACGGUGACGUUCAUCACGGGCACGACGCUCAUUGGCGGCUAUGCGGUCGAGAACUACAAGCACAUGCACCCGCUGACGCCGCCGGGCCAGCUCCUCGACAUUGACGUCGAUGGCCACAACAGUCGUAUCCACACACGCGUGUACCCCCACGCGACAUCGUCGGUUGUCGUGGUCCUCGAUGGCAGCGCCGGCGAGACGUCGUUCGACUUCGAAAAGGUCGCACCCAAGCUCGCCGAAUUUGCGACCGUCGUCGCGAUCGACCGCCCGGGCCUCGGCUACUCGUCGCCCGGCGCGCUCCCGCGUUCCGUCGAGACGAUCUCCAAGGAGUACAUGGCGGUGCUUGCGCAGCUCGACGUCGCCAACAAGCAGCUCGUGCUAGUCGGCCACGGCAACGGCGGCUACAACAUGCGUCAGCUCGCUGCGGACCUUCCGUCGUCGUCGCUCUCGCUGCAAUGCGACGGUCUCGUUUUGGUGGACGCGCUCCAUGAGUCGGUGCGGGGUCGCAUGGAUGCCAUUGCGCCUGCAAUCCAAACGGCCUUGGCCAAGCGCGAAGCGAACCCGGCGACGUUGCUCCGGUACUCGCACUGGGGCCUUCUCCGGCUCGUGCAUUGGAUGCAGCAGAAGCGCAACGCGCAGCGCUUCACGCCGGACGCGCGAUUGUUUGUCGACUCGUUCGCGCCGUCGCCGCCCCACCGCCGCGGUGUCGCGCACGAAGCCAACGCCGUCGCCCGCACGGAAGAUCGCUUCUUGCAGUCGCCGCCGCCGACGCUAUCCGUGCCGCUCGUUGUGCUCUCGCACGAGACCACAGACAUGUUUGCGACCAUGCUCUUCGAGCCCGACGUCGAGCCGGCGAUGCUGGCGGCCAUGGAGGACGCGUGGAACCAGGGCCAGUGUGCGCUCCUGAGCGUGAGCAGCCAUUCGGUCGCGCACCGCAUCGUGCAAGGCGCCGACAUUCCCCACGAAAAGCCCGAAGAGCUCAUCGCGGCCGUGCUUGCUGUCGUCAACGAAGUGCAAGGCAAGCCCGAAGGCGGUGUCGCGACGCUGACGACCUCCGUCUGCGACGUCGCCUCGGCGUAAACGUUGGACGACAAGGCGUGACGUUCGCGAAUCGAUAACGCAGUCGCUUCAUCCGAGACACCACGCUUGGCAACAUGCUGUACC